ACAAAUACUUGGACUAACAUGACCUCUUUUCUCUACAGGAUAUCACUCAAUAGAGAUGACGACUGCUAGUAAGUUUACAACUUUGUUCUGCUGUUAACCACAUGUUUGUGUCUCCCUAGCAAGUUAAAUGUGCUUAUGGUCAGGUUUCAAUUGAAUCCUUGCAGAAAUACAUUAAUCCCAUUUGCACAUCCUAUAUUUUACAGUUAUAAAUUGCGAUUAUGUAUUUGUGUCCGCUGGGGGAUUGCUUUGGAUCAGUCCCUCAAACUCAUUUGCUUGGCCUGGAACUGACAAACACAGAAAGCAGAGCACAGAGAUCCUGGUUUCUGCCAAGAUCUCCUUGUGUGUACUAUCAUGAGAAUCCAAGACAAACUCCCGGGGAGGUCUCUACCAGUGAGGGGUCAACAGCAGUAGACACGAGGCCCAUAGUGGUUUGGGGUUAAAGGUUAACUUAAACCUCAUUAUGAGCAGCCCCCACCUGGCUCAACUUCCUGAAUUUGUUCGUCAUUCACCCCAUGCAACGUCUGUGAUCAACGCAUGAACUCCGGGUUGUGAAACAACUGGAACUUUGGAGCAGCGCCCCUUUCACUGUUCCUCCUCCUGUGCCUUCCCUUUUUUUUCUUUCUCUUUCCCCUGACUGUCCCCCCUCCUUCCCCUGCCAACUCCCCCCAACUCUGAGCUCCUCCUCUGCUGAAAAGACACAUUUCCUGAUGUCAUUACUAAAUCAAAAUGCAGCUCGGCAAACAGAUGUUGUGAGAGGCCCAACAUGUGGAUUCAGUGACAUAAAUUAACAAGUUGGUCGUGAGAAAACAUGAACCGUACAUUUUAUUUUUCAUUCAAUCAAUGAAACCACCUCUCGCACACUGCUCUUUCAAGUGGUGAGUGGUGACGGUGAGAAACUACCUUACAGAUGCAGCACACUCACAAGCUCCUUAUGACAUAAAAUGUUUCCCAAACUUGUGGUGGAAAUAUCAGUUAGUUGGCCUUUUAAACAGCUGGUCAGCUCUGACUAAUAACUUCUUCCAGCUUUGGUUAAAUUAACCUAAAUAUGAAAUCAUGGCUGUCUGCGCAGCACACCCUGCAGAGUCAUGAUUACAUCCACCCCAAAAUGCUAAGCCCUAAAUGUUUACUUAUGUUUCCUAUUUGGCAGAGGCAGCCCAAAAGGCAAAUAAAUCACAUGCUGUGAGCUGGCCAGGCCUUUCGACUGUGAGAAACUGAGACUAAAAAGCAGAACAAGAGUUAAAGAGUAAAGGGUUUUCAGAUGUGAGUCCAGCCCAGCUUGGGUGUGCUCCCUUUUAUUUGGGAGAAUGGAGAGGACAAUCUUUGUUGCCUCCACCCCUUUAAAAAAGGAAGAAAAUCCUAAAGAAACGUGUGUUGGAGAGGGGAAGAGCUGCUGCCAAGGCGCAGGGCCGUCAGACAGAUCUUCGAAGAACAUCUGGUAACUGCGGGUAACACUGUUUGGACAUCUGGUAACCGAAGGUUACACUGCGUCUCUUCCAUCCUGUCGGGUUUCCUGUUAUGCCUCGCUGUACACAGCCUGAGAAGUUUAGGUUUAUUAUACAUGGUCACCGGCUGGGGAAAACGCACCUUUAUUCAUUUUUUCUGACAUGAAGGGAGCACUUGGUUUCAUUGGGGUAUUCCUCUCCUUUCUCUGCGAUGCCUCUCAUGGAGAAUCAGCCUUGUCCUUUGCGUGUGGGAAUAAUACUCACAAUUGCAUGGAGUAUUGCAGCAUUUGCAAACGUUUUUUUGGGAAACCAUCAAUGCAGUGCCUUUCCACUUUGCUAGAACACCUAUGUUUGAAAAAUUUUGAGAUUGCAAUGGCAUCACUACACAGCAAUGACUGGUGCAUUUGGAGUAAUGUGAGCAGUUUGUACAGUAACCUAAGCCUUUGCACAGAGGAGAUAUCAGACUGUCUGGUGAUCCCAUGGCCCAACCCUCUGGUGGAGCAGACCUUUGUGAACAUUCACUCCAAGUAUUUCCAGUUUUGUCCCACAGAGGAGCUAAGCGACCCACCGCCAGUCAUCAUAUUUGCCCUGGUGAUAACUCCCAUCUGCCUGAUCCCUGUAAUGGUCAGCCUUGUGGUUCUAAAGACCAAGAAUGGGGACGGCAGCUCCUGAAAAUCCUGAAUCACAGCUCUUCCUAUAUCAUGUUUUGACCUGCGAUCUCCCUCCUCACCCAGCCUGAGGACCACAGCUUGUUUACACACCGCAGCUGCGCUUUCAUCUCAGCAGUGACCUUGCAGAGGACUGAACUUUCUGACAGUUUUACCCCCACAAUUCAGAGGAAUCCUGAGCUAUCAGGCACAGAGGAAACCUACCGAGAAGAUGACACUGUGACAAAAUCUGUUAUAAAUUCCUGUACUGUGACAAAGGUUUUGUUUUCACCCACCCCACUUGAGAUCUGAACAUUUAUCUAUUACGUCACAUCAAAUUUGCACACUAUACAGAAAACAGAGCUUGAUAUUUUCUCACUGGAGAACCCAGUAUUCAGGGUUAUAAUGACAAAAGCUCUGAAGCUUGCAAAAGUCCAAAUGUAUUUGUGUUGACUCUCUACAAUAAGUUGGACAGCAGUCGUGUUGAUAAAAGACAAGGUAAUUAUUAUUACUGAUCCCUGAACUCUUUUUAUGCAAUUUUGUCUUUUGCUGCCACUCAAACUUUACUCUGCUUUGAGCCACUAAUUCGACAGUAUACAGCAUGUAUGCAGAGGACAUGUGCAACCUAAACUGUUUUUGAUUAGUAUGUGUCCGUUUUUGAUCUAUGAGAGGGGUCCUCAAUAUGUGAAAAGAAAGGACAGGGAAAUGAGUAUAGUGUGAUGCAUGGGUCUGGUUAUGUGAGCCAUAGCGUGUGUAAGGUUUGAGGUCAGAGGUUACAGAUGGGACACAAUGAGCGGGUACGCCCAGAGAAGAAGGGUUUCUUUCCUGGUAUUGUCUAUUUUUGAACAGUAAGAAAUCCUUCAGCACUUUCCACCCUGUCCAAACAAUGACAAUGCUCAUUAUCACAUGAUGAGCUAAUUGAAGUGAAGUUUAUCUAACAUCUUAAUCCAGAUCAGACAAAAAGACAGCCGCACAAUUGUCUUUGCAGCAUAGCGAUAAACACUGAGCAACGCCAUGAAGAUACACGUGUUAUCUUUCACCUGAAUCAUGAUAAUGUGGUUAUUUAGCGUUCAGUCUUGAGUGAACCUCAUUGGAUCUGACAAAAAGUCUUAACUCAAGGUCCACUUAUUAUUUUUUUCCAGGGCUUUCAACCACAUCUCACAGUCUAUCACAACAGAUGAAGUUUGCUCAAUGGUCAUCAAAAUGUAAAAAACAUCUGGCAAAAGAUAGAACCUGGACCUUUUGCAUUGUAAUUUUCUAUGUGAAAAACUACCGUUUUUGAGCUCUCACACUCAUCUUAUUUGAAUUUAAAUGAAAAUGUGCUUCCGGAUUUGGGGCAAAAUGUGUAUUUAUAUACUGUGUUAUGUUUUUGCCAUUGUCAGGACUUACUGUACUAUCUGAGUGAACACAUUUUGUCCGCUCUCACACUAUUUACUGUAUGUAUUUUGAUAUACUUUUUUUUUUUUGUAUAUUUUAUCCAAUUAAAUCUGCAGUUGGAUUGUCA